AUGACAAGACUACCAAGUCGAGUUAUCCAAAUAAUACGCAAGCUAAUACGCGACAUAAAAACUCUUGUAAGAGCACCAAGGUACGUCACCACCGAAGCAGACUACUCUCUUAGAUAUGGAAAGGUUUGGCUCAGAUAUCAGAGACCGACGCCACAGGCUUGUAGCAUCGAGUGGCAAUCGCACUGUCAGCAGAACAUAAGAUUCAAGAUCCGCAGUCGAAGCGACGGAGAUCGACGACGAGUUUCGCAGGCUCAGCAACACAUAGCACCAAAUCGUAGCAACUCAUACGCAGCGUGGUGGUCGGCGGGAGUAAAGGGCGCCUGCAAAUAUGAAGCCAAGUUUAUGGCGAAUAGCUGCACAUACAGCUUUAGCAAAAAGUUUUUCAAUAUACUUGCACACUGCACUUGUUUGGCGUUUGCUUAUAAAUUUAAUGAAAAUCUCAGCUAAUAGUUUUGCCAGCACAUAAAAUAUGUUAUGCCUUCUAUA